UGUUUCUGAGGCAAUUUUUACCUCACGUCAAGUUAUGAACUAUUUUUAUACAAAGUGUAAUUAAUGUUAAGGGAUGCACGAAAUUUCGACCAAAAUGCCAUUUUAUGUUUUUGGCCGAAAGAAAAAAAUGCACAUUUGGCGCCUUGGAUUUUACCUCAGUGCUACAGAUUUUACUCGCGCUUCACUCGGGUUUUCUAUUUAUACCAAGUGCCAAUAGUCUCCAAUGCCGCAUUCAGUAGACUUACUUACUUACUUUAAUCAUUUAACUUUUUUCUUAACAUCUGACCAAAAUAUAUUAUGUAUUUUUUCUUAUUGUCAGGAUGUCAGCACAAAGCACGCCUUACCGCCGCCCUCCACCAAUGACAUGCAAAUGUGUUGUCACAUCUACAUCAUCCAGAGCUGCCUCCUAUGAGAUGGAGGGGGAAAGAAUUAAAAUCGCCACCAUCAAAACCAAAACCAUCAGUGUCCUCACUGACGGCCACAGUUCUUUUUUGGCACCGACUGAUGGGGUCAUCCCUCUUUUUGAAGAGGGGGAAACAUAUGUAAUUAAAGGCCAUUCGACAUCCAUUAAGUAUGGAAGAAAGUGCCUUUUUAUUGGGCCAAACACAAAAAAAUAUUUAGCCCCCCCACUCGACCUAACAGAUGAGGCCGAGCAAAAGGCAAGAGACACCCUGACAUUUCCAUCAACUAUGAUGACUGGGGAAGAGGAGGAUCUAUUUACCCGAGGAGGGUACAUAACUAUCAAGGGUAAAAUAGAAAAAUUGCAGGUGGCAAGAAUGAUCACAGUGAAAGACGAAAACGUCCCCAUCUUGGACCUAUCCCUCCGCUGUGGAGACAGGAUAAUUCAAAUCUCAAUGUGGAGGGAUGAGGCCCUAACAGAGCUCCACUUGGGAGAAGAAGUGGAGCUCUCCCACCUUAGGGCUGCUAUUCGACCUGAUGGCCAGUGCAAACUUAAUUCUUCCACCUAUACCCGUGCCCAGGUUGCUGACCUGAGGACCGAAGAGACCGUACGAAUCAUAGCAGUGAAUCCUGGAGAAAACGAGAUGGUCUUGCUUGCAGCAGACUUCACAGAAUACAUCCUGCCCACUGAUGUUUAUAGAGGAACUUGCAGAGAAUUACUGCAAAGGCUUCCACUGCAUACAACAAUUGUACACACACACUCCAAAAUCAUUAGUAUGCAUGGUUUAGGUCAGAAUGAAAUGUAGGUUAAAUAAAAAAAGAUUAGCCUACUUGUUGCAUGCAGUAUUGCAGUAGGGCCUGUUAGUUGUUACCUAUAUUGUUGUUGCUGUUUAAUUGUUUAGUAAUUUGUUUAUUAUUUAUUAAUUAUAUGAUACAGAAAGAGUGGUGAUAAAAUAGCAUAUAAAAUAAUUAAACUAUUUCUUAAUAUGAAUUGAAAAGUAUGAUUGUUUUGA